UGAAAAUGGAACUGUCUUGGAAUGUCGUUUUGAUUGUCCUCCUAAGUUUUUCGUGCGGGGGGUCGGACUGGGAAUCUGAUAGAAAUUUCAUCUCUGCUGCUGGUCCUCUAACCCAUGAUUUACUGCACAACCUGAGCAGUCUACUGGGAAAUCAGGGUUCUAGUUUUGUAGCAGGAGACAAGGACAUUUAUGUCUGUCGCCAGCCACUGCCCACUUUCCUGCCAGAGUACUUCAGCAGUCUUCAUGUCAGUAAGGUCACCCAUUAUAAAGUCUUUCUGUCGUGGGCACAGCUUCUCCCAGCAGGAAGCACCAAGAAUCCAGAUGAGAAAACCAUGCAGUGCUACCGGCGACUCCUUGAGGCCCUCAAGACUGCGCGGCUACAGCCCAUGGUCGUCCUGCACCACCAGACCCUCCCUGCCAUCCAGAGCAGCAGAGCCUUCACUGACCUCUUUGCUGACUAUGCCACAUUCUCCUUCCACUCCUUUGGGGACCUAGUUGAGGUCUGGUUCACCUUUAGUGACUUGGAGGAAGUGAUCAAGGAGCUUCCCCACCAGGAAUCGAGAGCUUCACGUCUGCAGACCCUCACCGAUGCCCACAGAAAAGUCUAUGAGAUUUACCACAAAAGGUUUGCUUCUCAGGGUGGAAAGCUCUCUGUGGUCCUGAGAGCCGAACAGAUCUCGGAAUUCCUGCUGGAACCACCCAACGCGGCGCUUGCCCAGGACUUGGUGGAUUUCCUCUCUCUUGAUUUGUCUUAUGGAUGCGGAAAGGAGGCAAGUCUACCACAGAAGCUGAGUACAUUGCAGACCCUUGCGCCAAAUGUGAAAGUUUUCAUCUUCAACCUAAAAUUCCAGGACUGCCCCUCCACCAGCAAGAGCCCAGUCAGGCUGUUUUUCAGCCUUCUCAAAGCCAUAAAUAAAGACCAAGUGCUCACCAUUGGGUUUGAUAUUAAUGGAUUCCUGAGUUGUUCAUCAAGUUCCAAGAAAAGCAUGUCUUGCUCUCUGACCGACAGCCUGAUUCUUCAGUCUGACCAGGAGAAGAACCACAGGACAGCAGUCGACGCCUCUCCCGAUUCGACCUAUCAAAGAGUCUGGGAAACAUUUGCUAACCAGUCCAGGGCAGAAAGGGAUGCCUUCCUGCAGGACACUUUCCCCAAAGGCUUCCUCUGGGGUGUCUCCACGGGAGCCUUUAAGGUGGAAGGAGGCUGGGCUGAGGGCGGGAGAGGGGCGAGCAUCUGGGACCAGCACGGUCACCUGAGCACUGGCAAGGGCCAAGCGACGCCGUGGGUGGCCAGUGACAGCUACCACAAGGUGGCCUCUGACGUCGCCCUGCUUCGCGGCCUCCGGGCUCAGGUGUAUAAGUUCUCCAUCUCCUGGUCCCGGGUCUUCCCUGCUGGGCGUGGGAGCAGUCCCAGCCUCCCAGGCGUCGCCUACUACAACAAGCUGAUCGACACCCUGCUGGACUCAGGCAUCGAACCCAUGGUGACGCUGUUCCACUGGGACCUGCCUCAGGCCCUUCAAGAUCAUGGCGGGUGGCAGAAUGAGAGCGUGGUGGAUGCCUUCCUGGACUAUGCGGCCUUCUGUUUCUCCACUUUUGGGGACCGUGUGAAGCUGUGGGUGACCUUCCACGAGCCAUGGGUGAUGAGCUACGCAGGCUACGGCACCGGCCAACACCCUCCAGGCAUCGCUGACCCCGGGGUGGCCUCAUUUAAGGUGGCUCACUUGGUCCUCAAGGCUCAUGCCAGAACUUGGCACCACUACAACAGCCACCAUCGCCCACAGCAGCAGGGGCGCGUGGGUAUUGUGCUGAACUCAGACUGGGCAGAACCCCUAUCUCCAGAGAGGCCCGAGGAUCUGCGAGCCGCUGAGCACUUCUUGCACUUCAUGCUAGGCUGGUUUGCGCAUCCCAUCUUUGUAGAUGGAGACUACCCGGCCACCCUGAAGGCCCAGAUCCAACAGAUGAACAAACAGUGCCACAGUCCAGUGGCCCAGCUCCCUGAGUUCACUAACGCAGAGAGACAACUCCUAAAAGGUUCUGCUGAUUUUCUGGGUCUGUCUCAUUACACCUCCCGCCUCAUCAGCAAGGCCCAACCAGACACCUGCACCCCUAGCUAUGAUACCAUCAGAGGUUUCUCCCAACAUGUGGAUCCUGCAUGGCCCCAGACUUCCUCCUCUUGGAUUCGUGUGGUGCCCUGGGGUAUAAGGAGGCUGUUGCAGUUUGUAUCCUUGGAAUACACAAGAGGAAAAGUUCCAAUAUAUCUGGCUGGGAAUGGCAUGCCCAUAGGGGAAAGUGAAAAUCUCCUUGAUGAUUCCUUGAGAGUACACUACUUCAAUCAAUAUAUCAAUGAGGUGCUCAAAGCUGUCAAAGAGGACUCUGUGGAUGUUCGUUCAUACAUUGCUCGCUCCCUCAUCGAUGGCUUCGAAGGCCCCUCUGGUUACAGCCAGAGGUUUGGGCUGCAUCAUGUCAACUUCAAUGACAGCAGCAAGCCAAGGACUCCCAGGAGAUCUGCCUAUUUCCUCACCAGUAUCAUUGAAAAGAACGGUUUCCUCACUAAGGAGGUAAAAAGGUCACCACCACCUACUACAGCCAACGUCCCCUCCAAAAUCCGAGCCUUCCCUUUUCCAUCUGAGGUGCCCUCCAAGGCUAAAGUCGUCUGGGAAAAGUUCUCCAACCAACCCAAGUUUGAACGAGAUUUGUUCUACCACGGCACGUUCCGGGAUGACUUUGUGUGGGGCGUGUCCUCUUCAGCCUAUCAGAUCGAAGGAGGGUGGAAUGCUGACGGCAAAGGCCCCAGCAUCUGGGAUAACUUCACCCACACACCAGGGAGCAACAUAAAAGGUAAUGCCACCGGAGACAUAGCCUGUGACAGCUAUCACCAACUGGAUGCCGAUCUGAAUAUGCUUCGAGCUUUGAAGGUGAAGGCCUAUCGCUUCUCUCUCUCCUGGUCUCGGAUUUUCCCCACUGGGAGAAACAGUUCUAUCAACAGUGGUGGUGUUGAUUAUUACAACAGGCUGAUCGACGGCUUGGUGGCAAGCAACAUCUCUCCCAUGGUGACACUGUUCCACUGGGACCUGCCCCAGGCCCUCCAGGAUAUCGGAGGCUGGGAGAAUCCCUCCUUGAUUGAGUUGUUUGACAGCUAUGCAGACUUCUGUUUCCAGACCUUUGGUGACAGAGUCAAGUUCUGGAUGACCUUCAAUGAGCCCACCUUCCAGGCAUGGUUGGGUUACGGCUCCGGGGUGUUUCCCCCCGGUGUGAAGGACCCGGGCUGGGCACCUUAUAGGAUUGGCCAUGCAGUCAUCAAAGCUCAUGCCAGAGUCUAUCACACUUACGAUGAGAAAUACAGGCAGAAGCAGAAGGGGGUCAUCUCCCUGAGCCUCAGCGCACACUGGGCAGAGCCCAAGUCGCCGGGGGUCCCGAGAGACGUGGAAGCAGCUGACCGGAUGCUGCAGUUCUCCCUGGGCUGGUUUGCUCACCCCAUUUUCAGAAACGGAGACUACCCAGACGCCAUGAAGUGGAAAGUGGGGAACAGAAGUGAACUACAACACUUGGCUACCUCUCGCCUGCCCAGCUUCACUGAGGAAGAGAAGAGGUACAUUAGGGCUACAGCCGACGUCUUCUGCCUCAACACCUACUCCUCCAGAAUCGUGCAGCACAAGACUCCCAGGCUAAACCCACCCUCCUUCGAAGAUGACCAGGAGAUGACCGAGGAGGAGGACUCUUCGUGGCCUUCCACAGCAAUGAACAGAGCUGUGGCCUGGGGUAUGCGGAGACUGUUGAACUGGAUCAAAGAAGAGUAUGGUGACAUCCCCAUUUACAUUACCGAAAAUGGAGCGGGGCUCACAAAUCCCAAGCUGGAGGACACCGAUAGGAUAUUUUAUCACAAGACCUACAUCAAUGAGGCUUUGAAAGCCUACAGGCUUGAUGGUGUCGACCUUCGAGGGUAUUCUGCCUGGUCUUUGAUGGACAACUUUGAGUGGCUGAAUGGCUACACGGUCAAGUUUGGACUGCACCGUGUUGAUUUCGAGAACAUGAACAGGCCUCGUACAGCAAGAGCCUCUGCCAGGUACUACACAGAGGUCAUUACCAACAACGGCAUGCCGCUGCCCAAGGAGGAUGAGUUUCUGUACGGACAGUUUCCCGAGGGCUUCAUCUGGAGUGCGGCCUCUGCUGCUUAUCAGGUCGAAGGUGCAUGGAGGGCCGAUGGCAAAGGACUCAGCAUUUGGGACACGUUUUCUCACACACCACUUAAGAUUGAGAACGACGACAUCGGAGACGUGACUUGCGACAGCUAUCACAAGAUCGCUGAGGAUGUGGUCGUCCUGCAGAACCUGGGCGUGACUCACUACCGUUUCUCCAUCUCCUGGACCCGCAUCCUCCCUGACGGGACCACCAAGUACAUCAACGAGGCGGGCCUGAGUUACUACGUACGGCUCAUUGAUGCGCUGCUGGCUGCCAACAUCCAGCCCCAGGUGACCCUUUACCACUGGGACCUGCCCCAGGCGCUUCAGGACGUAGGAGGCUGGGAAAACGAGACCAUUGUGCAGCGGUUUACAGAGUAUGCAGAAGUUCUCUUCCAGAGGCUGGGAGACAAGGUGAAGUUUUGGAUCACGCUGAAUGAGCCCUUUGUCAUUGCUACCCAGGGCUACGGCUAUGGGACAGCAGCUCCAGGAAUCUCCUUUAGGCCUGGCACUGCCCCCUACAUUGUUGGCCACAACCUAAUAAAGGCCCAUGCUGAGGCUUGGCACCUGUACAACGAUGUGUAUCGCGCCAAACAAGGUGGCACAAUUUCCAUCACGAUCAGCAGUGACUGGGCUGAACCCAGAGACCCCUCUAGCCAGGAGGAUGUGGAGGCCGCCAGGAGAUAUGUGCAGUUUAUGGGAGGCUGGUUUGCGCAUCCUAUUUUCAAGAAUGGAGAUUACAACGAGGUGAUGAAGACGCGGAUCCGCGACCGGAGCUUGGCUGCAGGCCUGAACAAGUCUCGGUGAGGACUCCCGCAGCAGUGAGA